AUGCACGAGUUAUUUGAUUUAACUAACGUUGAAAAACUUGAAUUGGACUCGCUUAUCAGCAGUCUGUUCUGCACAUCGUUUACCAUCAACACUGAGUUUUUAUCAAGUCCAAUGAACACUGCGUCCACUCCACUUUCAUCGCCAGCUUUGUCGGAUUGCUCUGUCAAAGACAAUCAGACUUCUAGUCCCGUUACUAGCAAAGUAGUCGCUAACCCAACUCCAGUCACAGACAGUUCUUCAACUGUUCUGCACUCUGGCUAUUCAAUCUCUUCUGCCUGGCUAUCACCUCCUUCAAGUAUAUCAACUAAACCCACCGCAAGUCCAGCAACCACUUUGACAGGCAGGCAGUUUAAGCCAUCCAUUCCGUCUUCUCUCAGUCUUCCAAAGCAACAGCCACCAAAAGGGUUUCAUAUAUACAGUCAUCUCAUACCCGAAAAACCAAUAGACUUUAGACUAUGUUUUAUCAGCCGGCUUCCAAAAGAGAUUCUGGUUCAUAUCUUGUCGAAUUUGGAUGCUGAUGAAAUGAAAAUUGCCACUGGUGUCUGUCGUCAAUGGAAAUCGGUCGUUUCCGAUGAUCUGUGCUGGAAAGCUGCAUUUGGAAACUACUUUGGUGGAUUUCCUCAGAGACGACUAGCUGUUGAUAGCUGGAGAAGCGAAUAUCUUAAAAGAUUAGCGUUGGGCAGAGAAUGGCAUCGUAGCAGACAGGGUAUACAGUCUGAGCCCCGUAUUGGUCGUAUCGAUCAAAUGCAUGUCGAUCAUUCAGAGGGACGAGCAUAUCUUGGAUCACUGGAUCGUGGAAUGAUAUCCAUUUACAAUCUUUUCACAGGAAAAGUGGAAAAGUCGUCUAUUUUUUGCUCUCCAGAUAAUUUGCAGAUCUCAAUUGGCUGCAUGAAAAUUGACAAGCAAGUAUACGCUUAUUUAAAGACUAUGGUUAUUGUAGCUAGGAUUGCAAUUGGAUAUUUGGACGGAUCGGUCGGGGUCAUAACUAAUUUCAAAGGAAAGGGACUACCAACAAGACAGAAAUUUGCUGCCAAACACAUGGACGCUGUUACGUGUCUUAAUUGGCUACCACACAUCACUGACAUUCUUGUAUCUGGAUCUGCCGAUGGAAUGGUGCGACUCUGGUAUACUCCUACGGAAACAUGCUUGAAACAGUUUCAGGCAGAUGGUUCCGGUAUAUCACAUCUUUAUAUAAAUGACAGAAAUUACAUUAUUGCUGGCACUGAGGCUGGACAAUGCGUCGCAUGGAACAUAGAUGUCAUGCUAUUUUCACACUGCAAUAGACCCAAAAAAUUACGGCCCAUUGAAAGUGAUGUUCCUAAAGACUCGGGUGUUGCUGUGACUGCGUCGCGAAUCAUAAAAUGUGGUGACCAACCUAUCAAGUUUAUAGAAUACAAUACUAUCAGUCAAAGUAUUGCUGUCGUGCUCAAUUCUCCGCAUGCAAAUGCAGCGAAUUCAAAUCUACCUUUUGAGGAAACACUAGCUGAUCAGUUGACGGAAACUAAUAAUGCUUGUAUUUCCAUCUGGCAUAUCCCAUCCGGGAAACAAUGCGUCAUAUUCAAGAGCAUCACUCUGUUUACCGAAAUCACCUCUUUGGCAUGGGAUGCAACUUGUGCAGAUGAAAGUAGUAGCAGCUACUCGUUACUUGUUGCUGGUGACAGACACGGAUCAUUGCAUAUUUGGAAAGUUCCUUCUUUGCAAACUUUUGCUGAUCAUUUGGUCACUAUUAUGACUUGGGAAUCGCUCGUGUCUCUCCAUAAUAAUCCGAUCUGCAAACUUUCAAUAGACGGACACAAGAUCGUAUCUGGUUCAAGUGAUGGCAAGGUUAAAGUUUUGGAUGCCAUGUCAGGAAAGCUGAUAACCGGAUUGGCACUCAAAAUAGGACGUCAGUCGUGGGAAGAGUGGAAUGGUAUUGCUAAUAGAGAUGCAAUGUGUAAUAUAUGGACAAAUGAGUAUUCAUUACUUGUAUCUUUCCAUGAAACGGUCAAAUUCUGGUCUUUUGAAACCAUGUCCAAGCCACGUGCGCUGCCAGGACGGAAAUCUAAGAACAAAAUCAACCGGAGAACAUCUGAUGCUAUUUUUGGCAGGAAUGACAGAGGUAUCUAUACUCAAACAGAUCAUGUAGAUAUGCAAAAUGAUAUUCAUGAAAUCCGACAAGAAAUCGAAGCUGAGCGAAUGGAGCAUGCUAUUCUCAUGCAGCAACGCGAAGCAAUAAAUGGCAUUAAUCAUAUACAGUCCGGUAUGACCGACGAUGAAUUACUAAGUUAUGCGCUUAUGAUUUCUGCUGAACAGCUUCAAGCAGAUCAAGCUCGUCGUGCAGAAUGUCAGACACUGCUUCCUCAACCUACCCAUUCCGCUAGAUCCGCCGAUAGUGCUACAUCCUCUUGCCACAGCUCCACUCUAAGCAAUGUACAACGUUUUACUGGUUCAAAAGAGUGUGAUGACUGGGAUGACGACGACCAUACUAUUGAUGCAGAAGCUGCAGAGUACUUGUCGCCACAAACUACUGGAUCUCGACCCAAUACUAUGAUUUUGAAUCUGGACGAAUUAGAUUUGAAUUUGCCUGGAAAUCAUCGUAUUGUAUUAUCUAGUGGAGCCUCUCGAACAUCUCAAAACAAACUUGAAGAUAAUGAUUGGUCUUCAGCCUCCAUGCUAGCUCGUCGAUCGCCUCGGAUUGCUCCAUAUUCACCCUCAUUGCAUCCACAAUAUAGAGGCAGACAUCAUCAAUCUACUGGAAAUGUAGUUGUGAUUCCCCAGCGAACCUUGAUGGAUGAGGAAGAGGAGCUUGUUUAUGUAUUGGAAAUGAGCAGAGUGGAGGCAGAAGAGGCAGGGUAUUUCAACUCAGAAUAG